AUGCCUCAUAACAGUGAAGAUAACGUGCCUGAUAUGUCUGAUGAGGAGCAAGCGCUUUUAUCCUCGCUACUAAAACAACGUUCAAAUAUUCUUCGGAACCUACUUAGCAUGAAGCAACGAAUUGGUUGUGAAGAAGUUGACACUGACACGCAUGUUCUCGAAUGUCGAUUGCAGAUUGUUGAGUCCUAUUUUCAACACAUCUCCGACGUCCAGAACAACAUCGAAGCUCUUGUUCCGACAGACAGUUCGAGAGUAGAAAUUGAAGAAACGUACAUUUCAACAAAAUCCAAAAUUCUUUCGUUGAUCAACUCCAGAAACCGCACUUCUGAGUUGAACACCAGCAUGUUUCAUGCCACGGCAUUUGGAAAUACGAGUCAUCAUAAUCGAUUACCGUCACUCAAAUUGCCCAAAUUUGAUGGAAAGUAUGCGGAAUAUAAACGCUUUUUUCGCACCUUUUGCAACAUGGUGCACGACGAUCCAACCAUGCCAAAAGUUGACAAAUUUAAUUAUCUUCUGAACUGUCUUUCAGGACCAGCUCUAAGCGUAAUCGAACCGUUCCAGGUAACCGAGGAAAAUUAUCCGAAGGCUAUCCAGCGGCUCAAGGAACGGUACGACAACAACGUACUGAUCUUUCAAGAUUACAUCACCUCGAUUUUCAACAUUCCGAUGAUGAAAAGGUCUGACGCAGCGAGUCUACGUAAUAUCAUCGACACCGUUGCCGCGCUGCGAGGUUCUUUGCUCUCGUUGGGCUCAAAAAGCGACAUAAUGAAUUCAAUGCUAAUUCACAUUGUCUUAACGAAAAUCGAUUCGGAUUCGAAAGCAGCAUACAACCAAAAGCAAGAAUUUGACAAGUUGCCAGCGUGGGAGGAUUGUUAUAAAUGGUUGAAUCGCCACAGCCAGUACUUAGAAACGUUUGCAAAAGGGGAAACCACGAAGGUAACACAGCGCGAUGGUAAACUAUCCGGUAAGAAGACUGCAAAUUCCUUCGUCAACGCAACAUCAAAUUGUAUACAUUGCAAUAGUGCAGAACAUAACCUCAAUAAUUGUUCUUCAUUUCUAGCGCUACCAGCUAAAAUGCGUUUUGAUUGGGUGAAGCAAGCAGGUGCUUGCAUAAAUUGUUUGCGUAAAGGACAUACAGUAUCCAAAUGCCCAUCGAAAUCUCGUUGCCGUGUUUGCCACCAAUCACACCACUCCCAUCUUCAUUUUGCCUCCGUUGCAACUACAACUUCACCUGCUGCACAAACAGUAGAACCAAAAGGAAAGGAGCCAACACCUCCGACGUCUAGCUCAUCGAAUCCAAUUAAUCCAUCGGUUUCACUCAUCGCACGCACACAAAAAAGAGCGUUAAUUCACAUUCAGGACAAAUUUGGAGUGAUGCAGCCAGCCCGCGCUUUAUUGGAUUCUUGUUCCGAGGUAAAUUUCAUCACUGAGGAAACAGCGAAGCGGUUGCAGCUUAAACGGUUUUUCUCACACCAGGAAAUCUCAGGUAUUUCAGAUAUUCGUUCUAACUCAAAAUAUGCAGUAAACGCGACAAUAAAAUCUCGUAUUGGGAAUUUCACUUGUAUUUCGCAAUUCGCCAUAACUAAACGAAUUUCAACUCAUAUACCUUGUGAGGUUAUUGAUACAUCUAAAUGGAACAUUCCUGAAGAAAUCCAACUUGCGGAUCCAUACUUCUACAAACCGCAACGUAUAGAUGUAUUGCUAAAUGCAGAAAUAUUUUUUGAUAGCCUUCAAGAUGGCAAAAUUUCGCUUGGUCAAGGUUUACCAUGCCUUCAUAACAGCAAACUAGGUUGGAUCGUGGGUGGCAAUUUUGAAAUGCCCUCAAAUUCACGCCCAUCAAUUUGUAAUGUCACACUAAGUUCAAAUCUCUCUAAUAUCGACUCGGUUCUUCAGCGCUUUUGGGAAAUCGAAGAUUUCACCGAAAAGUCAUUUACAUUGUCCGAAGAAGAACGUUUAUGCGAACAGCAUUUCGUUCAAAAUGUUCAAGUGAAUGGCGAUGGACGUGUACAAGUUCGGUUGCCAUUUAAGGUUUCGCCUACAAUAUUAGGCAAUUCGUUUUACAAUGCUAGGAGGAGAUUUCUCGCUCUUGAACGACGUCUAACCCAUAACAAAUUACUAAGGGACAUGUAUUCAGAUUUCAUACAAGAAUACAUUGCACUUGGGCACAUGUCCGCUAUACAAAAUUUCGAUUUUAAUAGUUCGCACUAUGUAAUUCCACAUCAUUGCAUACUCCGGCCACAAAGUACUACGACCAAGCUUCGGGUCGUAUUCGACGCCUCAGCGCGCACUACUUCCGAUCGUUCCUUAAAUGAUAUCCUCAUGGUUGGAGCGACAAUUCAACCAGAAUUAAUCAAUACAUUAUUAUCAUUUCGCUUGCAUCCUUACGUAUUAACCGCCGACGUAUCAAAAAUGUAUAGGCAAUUUUUAGUGGACGAACAAGAUCAACGCUUUCAACUCAUUUUGUGGAGGAACGAAACCAAUGAACCAUUACAGCUGUUCCAACUCAAAACCGUAACUUACGGUUUGGCUUCAGCACCAUUCCUCGCUAUUCGCAGUAUGUUUCAUAUUGCUGCCGUCAACCAAGAUGCCUAUCCACUAGCAGCGUCUGCUAUUCGUGAAAGCUUUUAUGUCGAUGAUUUGUUAACUGGUGCAGAAAGCAUUGACAAUUUGCAAAAACUAAAAGAGGAACUUGUAGAAGUUCUUCUCUCUCAUGGUCUCUCGCUGACUAAAUGGCACUCGAAUUCUGCGGAGUUAUCGGAUGCAUCUUGUAAUGAAGUCCAAAUUAAAACAAACGAGGAAAACAUUACCAAAACUUUAGGUAUGUCUUGGAAACCGUCAGCCGACACGUUUUGUUAUAGGUAUGAAUUGCCAGAUAUGCAUUCAGUCACCAAGCGAUCCGUUUUAUCAAUCAUCUCCAAGAUAUUUGACAUCCUCGGUCUAUUGAGCCCCGUGAUCAUACGUGGCAAAAUAUUAAUGCAAGAAAUUUGGAUUCGCCGACUAGAUUGGGAUGAAACUCUACCACCAGAGCUACAUAAUAUUUGGUUGCAGAUCAAAUCCGAUUUGAACUUUAUUAAUACAAUAGAGUUGCCCCGCUACACGCGUCUACGCGCGCGUAUGGGUGCUGCAUUUACGUACGUUCUAUCGUAA